CCCGGGCCCAGGGGCGGCCGCGGAGCCGAUGCGCGCCCGCUGAGCACCCCCGGCCCACCAUGGCCGCGCGCCCCCGCCCGCUCUGGCUCUUGGGCCUGGCGCUGUGCGCGCUGAGCGGGGGCGGCCCCGGCCCACGACUCCCUCCCGGCUGUUCCCAGCGGCGUCUGGGCGCCCGCGAGCGCCGGGACGUUCAGCGCGAGAUCCUGGCUGUGCUCGGGCUGCCCGGGCGGCCCCGGCCCCGCGCGCCACCCGCCGCUUCCCGGCUGCCGGCGUCCGCGCCGCUCUUCAUGCUGGACCUGUACCACGCCAUGGCCAGCGACGGCGACGAGGACGGCGCGCCCCCGGAGCGGCGCCUGGGCCGCGCCGACCUGGUCAUGAGCUUCGUCAACAUGGUGGAGCGAGACCGUGCCCUGGGCCACCAAGAGCCCCACUGGAAGGAGUUCCACUUUGACCUGACCCAGAUCCCGGCUGGGGAGGCCGUGACGGCCGCGGAGUUCCGGAUUUACAAGGUGCCCAGCACCCACCUGCUCAACAGCACCCUCCACGUCACCAUGUUCCAGGUGGUCCAGGAGCAGUUCAACAGGGAGUCUGACUUGUUCUUUUUGGAUCUUCAGACGCUUGGAGCUGGGGCUGAGGGCUGGCUGGUGCUGGACAUCACAGCGGCCAGUGACCACUGGUUGCUGAAGCAUCACAAGGACCUGGGACUCCGCCUCUACGUGGAGACUGAGGAUGGGCACAGCGUGGAUCCUGGCCUGGCCAGCCUGCUGGGCCAACAGGCCCCGUGCUCCCGACAGCCUUUCAUGGUCACUUUCUUCAGGGUCAGUCAGAAUCCCGUCCGCACCCCUCGGGCAGUGAGGCCACUGAGGAGGAGGCAGCCGAAGAAAACCAAUGAGCUGCCGCAGGACAGCCGGCUCCCGGGCAUCUUCGGUGAGGACCGGGCGGGCUGGGGCUGA